UAUAACCAGUUGGACCUUCUCUCUCUCUCUCUCUCUCUCCAUGGCGAUCCGUACAUCCGAUCUUCUGUCAUCCGUACAACCCUCACGCCAAUUCGAUGAGGGGUCUCUGAUCCGCUAUGCACGAGCAAACGUCGAAGGAUUCCCUUCCUCUCCUUCCAAAUUCACAGUCUCUCAGUUCGGGCAUGGGCAAUCGAAUCCAACGUUUCUAAUCGAAGUCGGUGAUUCCGAAGGCGCGUCCGUCAGCCGCUACGUCUUGAGGAAGAAGCCUUCCGGGAAGUUGUUAGAAUCCGCGCACGCCGUCGAAAGGGAAUUUCAGGUUCUCAAGGCCUUGGGCGUUCAUACGCAGGUUCCUGUUCCUAAGGUUUUUUGCCUGUGUACCGACGUCAAUGUGAUUGGAACUGCAUUUUACAUCAUGGAGUAUUUGGACGGACGGAUAUUUUUAGAUCCCGAGCUGCCAGGAAUGAAUCCUAACCAAAGGAAGUCUAUAUAUUAUGCAACUGCCAAAACAUUAGCGUCUUUACAUAGCGUUGAUGUGGACUCAAUUGGGUUAGGGAAAUUUGGGAGGCGCGGCAACUACUGCAAGAGGCAGGUAGAGAGGUGGGCAAAACAAUAUCUAGCAUCAACUGGUGAGGGUAAGCCUGAGCGGAAUCCAAGGAUGCUAGAUUUGGCUGACUGGCUAAGGCAACAUGUUCCUCUUGGAGAUUCUCCAGGGCUUUCUGGAACUGGUCUUGUUCAUGGUGACUAUCGGCUUGAUAAUCUUGUUUUCCAUCCCUUUGAGGAUCGAGUGAUUGGUAUUCUUGAUUGGGAGUUGUCAACUCUUGGAAACCAAAUGUGUGAUGUUGCAUACAGCUGCAUGCCGUACAUUGUGGAUGUGAAGUUAGUUGAUGCUCAAGCAUCUGACGGAUUGGAAUUUAGUGGCAUUCCUGAAGGGAUCCCUUCACUAGCAGAAUACCUGGCGGACUACUGCUCUGCUGCGGAAAAGCCAUGGCCUGUAGCAGAUUGGAAGUUCUAUGUUGCUUUUUCCAUUUUUCGUGGGGCAUCUAUUUUUGCAGGGGUGUAUGACAGAUGGACUAUGGGCAAUGCUUCAGGGGGUAAAGGUUCCCAGCACACAGGGAAGAUGGCUAAUGUCUUGAUAGACUCAGCAUGGGCAUUUAUCAAUCGAACAUCUGUACUUCCUGACCAGCCUCCAUUCAGUCAUUUGAUUGCAGGAGACUAUCCAAAACAAUUUGAAAAGGAGAGGGAAAGUCAAGCCCUUAAAAAAGAAAGUGGAAAAUUUGUUCCUAGUCCACAGGUUCUUGGAUUGAGAAAUAGACUGUUGAAGUUCAUGGAAGAUCACAUAUACCCCAUGGAAAAUGAGUUCUACAAACUAGCACAAUCCAGCAUGCGUUGGACAGUUCAUCCAGAGGAGGAAAAGUUAAAAGAAAUGGCAAAGAAGGAAGGAUUAUGGAACUUGUGGAUACCUUUGGAUAGUGCUGCUAGAGCAAGAGAGCUACUUUUUGACAGGACAGACCAUGCUUCUCAUGGGAAUGGGAACAAUAAUUUACUGGGUGCAGGUCUUUCAAACCUUGAAUAUGGAUAUCUUUGUGAGAUUAUGGGGCGCUCAGUUUGGGCUCCGCAGGUGUUUAACUGUGGUGCGCCCGACACUGGAAAUAUGGAGGUAUUAUUGCGGUAUGGAACUAAGGAGCAACAAAAGGAAUGGCUCAUUCCUUUGCUUGAGGGAAAGACCCGGUCUGGAUUUGCAAUGACAGAACCAAAAGUUGCAUCUUCUGAUGCAACCAAUAUAGAGUGUGCAAUCAAAAGACAAGGGGAUUCAUAUAUCAUCAACGGAAACAAGUGGUGGACGAGUGGAGCAAUGGAUCCCAGGUGCAGACUUUUGAUAGUCAUGGGAAAAACAGAUUUCACUGCUGCCAUACAUAAGCAGCAAUCCAUGAUUUUGGUAGAUGUCAGAACCCCUGGUGUAUGUAUAAAGAGACCUUUGUUGGUGUUUGGUUUUGAUGAUGCACCUCAUGGGCAUGCGGAAGUAUCAUUCGAAAAUGUGCGUGUGCCAGCGGAAAAUAUUUUGCUGGGAGAAGGCCGUGGGUUUGAAAUUGCACAGGGAAGGCUGGGCCCUGGACGGUUACACCAUUGCAUGAGACUGAUUGGUGCGGCAGAACGUGGCAUGCAGAUGAUGGUGCAGAGGGCUCUUAGUAGGAAAGUGUUUGGAAAGUUGAUUGCAGAGCAAGGAUCGUUUUUAUCUGAUCUUGCGAAGUGUCGAGUGGAAUUGGAGAUGACGAGGCUGUUAGUCCUUGAAGCAGCAGACCAGCUCGAUCGGCUUGGAAAUAAGAAAGCCCGGGGAACCAUCGCAAUGGCCAAGGUUGCAGCUCCAAACAUGGCAUUGAGAGUGCUUGAUAGAGCAAUGCAAGUCCAUGGUGCUGCCGGUUUAUCAUCCGACACUGUUCUAGCACACCUCUGGGCCACGGCACGGACCCUGAGGAUCGCUGAUGGCCCUGAUGAGGUUCAUCUAGGAACCAUAGCGAAGCUGGAAGUGCGGAAAUCAAAGCUGUAAGAGUAGUAUUCAAGUUGAAAAUUUGAACAAGUUCUGGGGGCUUCCCAUUUAAAAGAAUGUGAAUACGGAAAUAGGUGAGACAUCCUCAAAAAUAAUAAUAAAUAAAUAAAUAGAGUAAUGGAAAUAGGUGAGACAACCUCUCACUGGAUGUUUUAUUUA